CUUCAAGAAGAGAGUGCACACACUGCUGAAAUCUCUGAAACUCUUGCAGAAUGAUGCACAGACAUCUGGAGUCAGAAGAUGAUCAAUUAAAGCCUAAAGAAAGGACAAAACAGAUUGACAACAUGUCUAACACUGACUACACAGUGACCGUUGCCCACAGUCCCAUUCCUAGAAGAAGAUGGAGCAAUAGCAAAACCCCUAUGAUGAGGAUUGUCCUGCUGGGGAAGAGUGUUUCAGAAAACAGUGGAGUGGGAAACUUCAUAUUAGGACGAGCAGCAUUUGACAGUGAAGCUCCUCCAGAUGUUGCAGAGAGAGUUGGAGGAAGAUUGAAGAACAGACAUGUGAUGGUCAUCAACAGUCCUCAGUUGCUCCAGACAAACAUCUCAGAUCAUCAGAUCACACAGACAGUGAGAGAGUGUGUGAAUCUGUCUGAUCCAGGACCUCAUGUGAUCGUUCUGCUCCUCAAACAUGAUCAGUGUUCAACAGAAGAUCAAAAGCAUGUGGAGAAGGUGCUGCUCUCUUUCUCUGAGCGGGUUUUUCAACACACCAUGGUGAUCAGCACACAAGAGCCCACUGAAACCAAUGACAUCAUACAGAAAAUCAUUCAGAAAUGUGCAAACAGACACUUCAGUCUUCAGAGAAGCAGCUCUCCUGAUGAUCUUCUGCAGGCAUUUGAGGAUAUUGUGCAAAUGAAUGAUGGAUGCCACCUGGUUUGUACUGAAGCUUCUCUGUAUUUCACAAAGGAGCAACAGGCCACAGGAAAACGUUCAAGAGAAAACACAGAGGAGCUGAGGAUUGUGCUGCUGGGAAAAACUGGAGUUGGGAAAAGUGCAACUGGAAACACAAUCUUAGGAAGAAACGUGUUUACAGCAGAAACAUCUCAAGAAUCAGUGACUAAAGAGAGUCAGGGAGAAACGUCUGAAAUCAAUGGUCGACACGUUACUGUGAUUGACACUCCAGGACUGUUUGAUACUGAACUUACUAAUGAGGAGAUCCAGAGAGAAAUCAGCAACUGCAUCUCCAUGAUCCUGCCUGGACCACAUGUGUUCAUCAUUGUGCUUAAUUUAGGACAACGAUUCACUAAAGAUGAGGAAACAUCAGUAAAGAUCAUCCAAGAGACGUUUGGUGAGAAAUCUUUAAUGUUCACCAUGGUGCUCUUUACCAGAGGAGAUUAUCUAAAGAACAAAACUAUUGAUCAGUGUUUGGGAAAACCUGGAUCUCCUUUGAUGAAGCUGAUUGAAGUAUGUGGAAACAGAUACCAUGUGUUCAAUAAUAAUCAGACUGAAGACCGAACACAGGUGUCUGAUCUACUGGAGAAGAUAGACAACAUGGUGAAAGCAAACGGAGGGAGUUUCUACUCAUGUAAGAUGUUCAGACAGAUGGAAAGAGAAAAACAAGAACAACAGAUAAGGAUCCUGAUGGAGAGAGUGAAAGAAAGAGAAGAAGAGAUGAGGAAACUAGAAGAAGAGAUGAUACGAGAACGAGAGCUACUUACAAAUGAAAUUGAUCAAAUUAGGCAAGAAAAAGACAAAAUAAACAUAGAAAUAGGAAAACUGCGGAUCAAAUACAACACAGAAACAGACAGACUGAUGAACAGAAUAGAGAAUGAUAGGAAGAAAAGAGAAGAAUAUGUAGAAAGAGAAGAACAAUAUAAAACACAAAUACAAGAGAAAGAAAGAGAGAUACAAGACAAGAUGAGACAAGAACGAGAGAUAUUUAGACAAAAAAUAGAGGAAAUUAGGCAAGAAAAGGAUAAGAUAAAUACAGAAAAAGAAAAACUUAAGACCAAUUACAACAUAGAAAUAGACAGACUGAUGAACAGAAUAGAGAAUGAAAGACAGAUUCAUGAAAUGGACAGAAAGAAAAGAGAAAAACAUUUUAAUGAGAGAGAAGAACGAUGUAAAAGAGAAAUGAAGAGAGAACGAGAGGAAUGGGAGAAACAGAAUCUACAGGAAAAGUUAAGAAGAGAAGAAGAGGAUAAGAAAAGAAGAGAGAAAGAACAGAGAGAUUGGGAUGAAUUUGAUCAGAGACUGAAAAAAGAGAGAAAGAGAAUGGAAAGAGAGAUAGAGGAUCUUCAAUCUAAACAUAAAGCAGAAGAAAAUAAGAGGAAGAUUAUGAUGGAGAGACUGAAACAAGAAAGAGAGAAAAUGGAAAGAGAGAAAAAAAGAUCUUCAAUCUAAACAUGAAGCAAAAGAAAACAAGAUCAAGAUCCUAAUGGAGGAGAGAGUGGAGAAAAUGAACAGAGAAAAAGAAGAGCUGACAAAAAAACAUGAAGAAGAAAAAAAGAGAAUAAUGGCGACGAUGAUGGAGAAAGUGGGGCAACUGGAUAGAGAAAGAGAAGAACUGACGAAGAAACUAGAAGAAGAGAAAAAGAAAAUGAUGAUGAUAAUCGAGGAAGAAAGACAGAAUCAUGACAAGGAGA